GAGCGACGAGCUCUUGCUAUCAGACUCUUCCACCAUCGCCUCUCAUUUAGAUGAACAAUCCCUGGAUGGUUAAGUAAGAGCGAGUGCACGAUAUUCAAAGCGCAGGUCGACCGCUCAGGCCGAAUUUCAAGUUGGCUGUGCAUUGACGAUUGGAGACGCCUAAGGAGACAUUGGGACAAAGCCUCAGGCCUCCUCUCUUCAACAACAUUACUACCAUUCGAGUAUGAUUGUCACGGAAUCUGAGUUCGAGUAUAACCAAGGGCCUCCCGAGGAAGCUCAGCAAAACGAGUCUGCUCAAUCUGUUCAACCUUCUCCAAGCACUGGCAUGCUUGAACCUCCGAGUUAUAUUGAUGUGAUCGGAACACGUUCCUCUGCCAGCCGCCGCCAUCCCGGUCAUUCCAGAGAUCGAAGUCAGGCUCCUUCCACCUCACAUGCCAGCGCAGGCGGUGCGAGUGGAUCAGCCCAAGAUCAUUGGAACUCUGCUGCUCAGGGUCCUAUCACCUAUAAAUUUGUCACUCAGUCGUUCAACUCAAUGCUGCUCAAGUAUGAGCCAGCGGAUCUCCCGCUUUACCACAUCUCAACCUAUAUGAAUUGCUUCAUCCCUUCAUCUUACAUAACUGUCAUCCGACGUGGCGAUAGCGAGGCUGGCGAUUUCGUUGGUCAAUUUGAAAUGGGUAUAUCAGUCAAGAAAAGUACAAUCAUGAUUGGAGGCAAGGAAAAAGUUACGGAUGCCGUUCUAUCAAAGAAUCAACAUAAAGCGGUCCGCACUUGGUUGUGGCGCUGGCACAACGACGAGAACACUCAUCUAAGCUGGACUUACGACAGCCCUGUCAAAUAUUGCUAUAGGCGUGCUAAGCCUGGUAGCCCGGAACCGCCUUUACUUGCGUCGUAUACCCCACCCCCUUUAGUACCGCGAGAUGGCAGACCUUCACCAGCACCUUCACUUAAGGUAUAUCCCGAUGGACAGCCAUUAUUCGAUCACAUCCUAGUGUCAGCUCUGGUGAUUGAGCGGAAGCGAUUGACACCUAGUUCAGCUGGCCCGCUGAUGUCCUGGUCGGUUUGACCAAUUCAUCCGUACGUCGUACGUUUUCUUAAUGGACAUCCGAUUUCUCCACGGGUAUCUACCUGGACACUUUCAAUCCCGAAUCAUUGCCGCGGUAAUCAUUGUUCUUCCGGACUGUCAGCAUUCAUUCGCGAUGUUGUGUCAAUAUAUGUUGUUUUCCUGU